AUGGAUUCAACUUCAAAGCACGGCUGGUCCGAGCCUAGGCCCGCGGAAAGGAAGGGAUCUGUCCGCCGCGCCAGGGAAAUGCUAGAAGUUGGUAAACGUCCCAGGAUUCGAGCUCCCCAGGAAAACGCCGCCCUACCACCGGGCCCGCGUAUGUCCCAGCAGACUGCUUGGCCGUUGCUGGGUGAUGAUGGUCCGGGGGUAAACGUCGUUGAUUCAAGGGACCGGGGCCCAAACUUGGGUGAUUCACCAGGAAGACUUAUGGCGCCCAGAGCACCUCCACCUCCACGCCCACCUCGACAAGAUCCGCCAUCACCUUCUGUGUAUUCGGAGAGAAGCGUUCCAGACGCUGUUCCUAGCCCUUUGCAUCUCAACAAUCGUAAUCGCGCCCCAUCAUUCUCUCAGCCGUUUGUUAACCAACAACACAUCCACCCCGCACUGCGAGAGCCUGUGCCUUCUACCAAAGAAGACCCGUUUAGGAAGUCUGCAGCGUCAUCCCUGGGCUCUAUCCCCUCUAUCCCCGACUUUCCACCGCCGCUCCCUUCCCAGAACAAUGCAGCCAGUCUCGCUCCUACUGCUCCUAUGCGUUCAGGUAUGAACCGCAGAUCCUCCGUCUCGCCGAUACCCGAAGAGUUGCCCGAUAGCCCGACCAUACUGAAUAAGCCAUACACCAGACUCACCGCAUCUAGUUGGAACUCUGAACAGCAGGAAUCUGAAGUAUUAGGUGCAUAUAUGGACAACAAUUCUGAAGGUGCGCUUGAGUCGCCCGAACAUGCUGAAGUAUCUUUGGUUCGACAAGCUAGUGUCGGAACUCGAGGGAAGCCUUCCUUGCGCACGAUCAGUAAACCCAGUGCCGACGGCAUGGUUGGGGGAGCUGGCAGAACAGAAACGCCGAUAGGGCAGACCAAUGAUGCCAGUCUCAAGGAGGUUGCAGCUGGCCUGUCUACACGAAACUCUUUCAGCUCAGGUUCAUUUAAAGAGUCAGAUAUUGACCCCGAAAAACCGCCAAUUGUGCUUGAAAAUGAUACAAAUGCACAGCAUUCGUAUGAUAACGACAUGAGGUCCGUUGAAAAGGAGACAGCAGCAUUACCUCAAAGGACUCCGACUAUGAGCGAGAUGAGGCCAGGGGCCCGCAGGCCGCCUCGCUUGAACAUAAACGCGGUGCGGGAAGCUGAAGCUCGCGGUAGUCUCACAAGUCUAUCGGACUUGAUCAAGCGUGCGACAAAACUUGCAACCAAUCUUGAGCAUGGGCGGACUGCAAGCAGGAAUGACCUUUUAAACGUUGGGGGUUCCAGGCAUCCAUUCGGAGAUCCGAAUCGCAGGUCCGGCUCAAUUAAGGACAUCUUGGCCUCGUUUCCUAACCCUGCUGCGACACCAGAGGGUCGUUCUUCCUGGCCCGUUUUCUGGAGGAGGUCCACACUUCAGCAAUUAAAUUCGCAGGAACAAGGACAGGACUUGAGUCAGGAGAAAGGCAGCACUCGAACUCAGCGGCGCCGAUGCUGCGGAAUGCCUCUGUGGGCAUUCAUCACAGCUUGCGUAGUCCUGCUUCUCAUCAUCGCUGCCGCUGUUCUAAUACCGAUCUUUCUGGUUGUAGUACCCCGGGAAAACAAGGGUAACGACAGCAGCAACACGAUGUGUGAGAAGACUAACCCGUGUUCAAAUGGUGGUGUUAGUGUAUCAAGUGGCAAUGUCUGCUCCUGUGUUUGUGUAAAUGGAUACACUGGCUCGCGGUGUACGACAUCCGGCGAUGCAAGCUGUGUGACUACCGAAAUUACUCAGAACUCAACGUCGAGGAAUGCCACCGUUGGGGACGAUCUGCCACGCUUAUUUCGGGAUUCCCAGAGUAACUUUAGUAUCCCACUGGAUGCCGUUACUAUUAUGGCGCUCUUCAGUCAGAACAAUGUCUCUUGCACAACAGAAAACGCGCUUGUGUCAUUCAAAGGCUUGUCCUCAAAUGAUAACAAGCGCCGCGCACUCAACGCGGAUCUAUUGGUGGCUGAUCCUGAAAAGCUAGAGCCAUCUUCUUCCACGGAUGAGCCUACCGCCACUAUCCCCGUUCGCAGGGAAGUUGCUACGAAGAACGGCAUUUUGUUCGAGGACUCAGGAACAAACGAAAGCCCUGCAGCGGCAGAGACUAGUUCUGCUUCGACGAGCGAAGCGACGCCAGCUCCCACUUCGGCCGUCACCGCCGAAGCGCUCGAUUUCUCUCGGAUCUCCGUUCUCUACAUCCUCGAGAAGACCGGCACGCUAGAUGCGGCCAUGUUCUCUGCGGAUGUUAUCAAGAAACACUUGGAACAUUCUUACUCCAACUCCUCUGACGAGAGUUUUGUAAUUAACCUUGUUCCUUCUGGGAUAAAGGGCAACAUCACUCUGGACUAUGGAGGGUUCACCAUCACUGAUUUCGACGGUAAUACGGUUGGGGGGUCCUAAAAACAAAGAGUUGCACAUGCCUUCGUCUAUGCGUAUUCGUCUUGUUCUCUAACCUGGAUGUUUCUUGUUCUUUGGGCCAUUGGGUUUUUUCUUCUCGCACUCCUUCAUCUCUGCUUUAUUGAUUGGUGCUUUUAUUACACGAGAGUCGGGCCCGCUCUCAUGCUUCUUCGGCGUCUUCUGGUAUGCAUAUACACCUCGUUUCUCAGCUCUUCUUAGCCUUGUUCAGCCUAGUUCUUAGCUAGAUGAUCCGGGGCGAUUAUAGCUGAUAGCGUUA